UAUUCGUGUUGGUGAGCACCAGUUGCACCACAAAGCAUUCAGGAGGAAAGUCGAACAAGAAGACCAAGUGCCGGCGUCUUCUUGUCUGUUUGGUUUCUGGAAGUGCGUUGCGUCUUCUUUGUUGUGCUUGUGCGUUACUGUGGCACUUGAGAUCUUUCGAAGCUGAAAGGAUGACAGACACGUCGACUCGUUGCCAAGAUGUGAAGACUCGGAGAGUCACUCGAGUCUGCUGGGGGUGCCACACCAACGAGGCACAAGGCGAUCGAUUCAAGCAGUGUCCACUCUGUGCCAAGAAUGGCUUUGUACCAGCUCUCUUUUGCUCACAAGCUUGCUUCAAGAAAUCUUGGCCCGACCACAAACAAUGGCAUAAGAACGAGGGAGCAAAGGCGAAGGACAAGUUGACCGGAACCGCUCAAAAAAUUUCGUCGCGGUCACUACACCUAGAGCCUUCCUCCUCCGAGUAUCAGAAUCUCCUCAAUGAAUCCAAUUCGAAAGUGGCCGAAGGUGACUUCAAUAGUGCAAAGAAAAUCCUCCAAAAGGCUCAGAAGAUCGAUCCAGCACGUCCACAAGCGUAUUUGAUUUUGGGGACACUCUACCAGACCUGCGAGGAAUCCAAAUCAUGCUAUGAGCAAGGUUGUCAGCGGUCCGCAAUUCUCGCUCUAGCGAAUACACAAGUUGACAAUCACGUCGAACAAGAAAAAUCCGAUAUCACCUAUUGGUGGGCUCUUUCCGUUUCUGGAGUGUUCAUAAAGAGUUUCGAACUGGACUCCUCCCGAGACAACCAUUGUCCGAAACCAAACUCGUGGCGCCAUGAUGGCAUGUUCAAACGAAUCACAAAGGUGGCGCUCGAUGGAUACUGGUACAACAAGGCGGGCUCCCUCUGCUCAAAGUUGGUGCAAUGUAAGGGCCCCUCCACUUUCACCAAUUUGGCUGCCAUGAGGGCAUUUGCUCUUUUUGCAUGCUUUCGAGAUGAUGAAAGUUCGCCCUUGAAGCGUACAGCUGAAGAGCUUGAGGAGCUGACUGCACUACGCUACUAUGUAUCUGAGAAUGAUAAAGGACUCCUCGGCUUUUUUUUUCGAGAGAGUGCAGCGGCCAAGAUUAAUGCAAAUGUCAUUGACGAGGCCGACAGCACGGCUUUGGAACGAGGUGAAGCUGGCUUAUGGGUUGUGAUUCAUGGCCUUGAGAGCCAAGCAGGUCAGGCAAUGAAUGGCAAAUUUGGACUGGUUUGUACGGACGGGUUGGAAGACGGCCGGGUCACUGUGAAGGUGGAAGGCAUGGAUGGAUGGAAGCGGAUCCGGCCCGACAAAAAUCUAGUGGAAGUCCCCUUUUCUGAGGAACAAGUGGCUCUCAUUUCAACAAUCGAGGAGAACGACCAGUGGAAGUUUGUCAAAUCUUCCCUUGAGCUCCGUGAGGCGCUUUGUUCCAUGGCAGAAUGAACGCGGAACGAAUGACAGGUUGUGAAAUUUGAGCUAGAAGAGAUACCAGCUGUCUCUUUUUGUUGCACCGAGAUCCAACCGGCCAUGGGGAAAUCCACGGCAUGCAUGAGAGUUACUCGCUCCAAUUUGAUAUAGAAAUGAAACCACAACUUGUAGAGGCUUGCAGAAGCUUGCAAAAGCAACUUCUUUAGACCACUAAGUGUGCUGCGGAAUGCGUAGUUUGAGAGCUACGUAUUUCCAGGCCGUCUGGUCCGUUACCUGAUUAGCAAUCCCAGCAAGCAUGAAGCCUUCACUAAAGAUCAACCUUGGGCUUGUCCUGCCACCUGAACUUCGUAUUGCGCACAAACGCCUACUAGCUGGCUUGUCAAACACAGAUACCGGUACCGGGAGAG